UCGUGCACUCGGCGGCGCGCUCCCGCGACGCUUGUUAGUGUUCCGCAAAUUCACAACGGGAUCGCCCGUACAACCGGGACUCUAUCCCUUAGCGAUAACCGCCGCGGUACUUAGAACUUUUAGAAUUUAUUUAAAAUCUUGAAUUACAUUUAGAUCUUUGAAUUCUUCUAUUUUGCUAAUUAUUUCCUACUGAAAUUCUAGUGAUUAAAUUUGUGUUUUAAAAUGCAGCGGACAUUGAGAUAGAUAUAAUAUUUGUGUGCAAAUAAAAAAAGUUGUAAAAGUAGAAAAAAAAGAACGCCGUUUCGUGUUAAAGUUCGUAAUUUUCCGCGUGUGUUCGUGCGCUCUCGGGCGCCCGAUCGGGUGUCCGGUCGUGAUUCGCGAUUCGGUCGGACGAGUUAAACGCGGCGGCGGGCGGGUACACUGGCUCGCCGUGGCCGCCGCUGGAACUAGAUCCCGUGGGAUGGGGACGAAAACUGUACCCUUCAGGCGCGCCGAGGUCCUCCGGUGGACUUAUGUUCGGCCUACAUCACCAAGAGGCUGCAGGGGUACAUACACAGCCUCGAGGACCUGUCACAUCGCUCAAAGAAGAGCCGCUCACGCGAGCGUGGAUGACACCCAGCUCCUUAGUUGACAAUACCAAUAGCGUGGGUGUUGGUCGAGCGCACUUCGAGAAGCAACCUCCUAGCAACCUGCGCAAGAGCAACUUCUUCCAUUUCGUGGUCGCGUUGUAUGAUCGGGCGGGACAACCAAUCGAGAUUGAGCGCACUGCUUUCAUAGGCUUUAUAGAAAAGGAUCAAGAAGCCGAAGGACAAAAAACAAACAACGGGAUUCAAUAUAGGCUUCAAUUGCUUUAUGCAAAUGGCAUCAGACAGGAACAGGAUAUAUUCGUUCGGCUCAUAGACUCCGUUACCAAACAGCCCAUCGUCUAUGAAGGACAGGACAAGAAUCCAGAGAUGUGCAGGGUUUUGCUGACACACGAAGUUAUGUGCAGUCGUUGCUGUGAUAAGAAGAGUUGUGGAAAUAGAAAUGAAACACCAUCAGAUCCUGUUAUAAUAGACCGAUUUUUUCUAAAGUUCUUCUUGAAAUGCAAUCAGAACUGUUUAAAGAAUGCUGGCAAUCCUCGGGAUAUGAGAAGAUUUCAGGUGGUGAUAUCAACACAGGUGAUGGUAGACGGCCCGCUAUUAGCAAUAUCAGAUAAUAUGUUUGUUCAUAAUAACAGCAAACAUGGCCGCCGAGCGAAACGGCUAGACCCUACAGAAGGUACAGAAGCUGCAAUCGAACCUACUUCGGGAUUAUAUCCACCGUUGCCAGUAGCAACGCCAUGCAUCAAAGCAAUAUCUCCAAGUGAAGGAUGGACAUCGGGAGGUUCGACCGUUAUCAUAGUGGGCGACAAUUUCUUCGAUGGCCUUCAAGUAGUAUUUGGCACUAUGCUGGUGUGGAGUGAGUUGAUAACAUCACAUGCGAUUCGAGUACAGACACCGCCGAGACAUAUUCCAGGUGUUGUAGAAGUAACGUUGUCCUAUAAGAGUAAACAGUUCUGCAAAGGUGCACCUGGAAGAUUCGUUUAUGUUUCAGCACUCAACGAGCCCACGAUAGAUUACGGAUUUCAGAGGCUUCAGAAACUUAUACCGAGACAUCCCGGCGAUCCGGAGAAACUGCCAAAGGAAAUAAUUCUAAAACGGGCAGCGGACUUAGCAGAGGCAUUGUAUUCGAUGCCCCGGAAUAACCAGUUAGGUCUGGGUGCGCCAAGGUCACCUCCUGCCAGUAUGCCUUUCAACUCCUAUACUGGGCAAUUAGCUGUCAGUGUUCAAGAUUCAGCUGCUUCCCAGUGGACAGACGAGGAGUACGCGCGUAGUGGUGGCGGCUCCGUGUCCCCUCGGUACUGCUCGGCCGCGUCCACACCGCACGCCUCUUACCCCCAUCCACAGCAUUACCCGGCACCGACCUCCAUCUUCAACACAACUUCACGAAUGGGAGGACUUGUAUCAUCACCGUUCAGCGUGAAUCCCUUCUCUCUACCAACGUGCAGCGCCCAACAAUAUGCGCAGACAGCUCCACUUGCAUCUAAGUAAUACUUGAAUUAACUAUUAACCUUAAAUAGCUAUAUAAUGUUUUGUUAAUACAGCUUGAAAGUAAUAUUUUAAUAAUAUUGCUUUUGUCGGGUUAAAAAUGAUAAAAAAGCUAUUUCAGGCUUUUAGUAUAUUUGUUAUUUAGUAUUUUAAUUUAUCCAAAGUUAUUUUUAACAUUAUUGUUGUAUACGUUUUAACAUUAAAUUUUAUAAAUACUCUUUAUUUAGUGCUAAUUAAGAUGUACACAAACUAAUAAUUCAAUAUAAAAUUUCCAGAAUUAUUAUUCAUUAAAUUAUCUAAAUUAAUUAUUUCUAACUUUCCCUGCCUAUUGUGCAACUCUUGCAGAGUAAAGUUAGUAGUAGUUAAAUUUAAUGACAGAUUAUAAUACACGAAUCAUAGCGCAUUGAAAUAUACUAUUUGAAUGUGAUGGUUUAAAAAGUAAACACAAGUUAAAAGCAAUAGUGCUUUUUAAGCUUUACUUGACACUCUUAGUAAACGAUUUUCACUUGUUUAAACAAAUUUCAGCUAAACAUCAAAAUUAGCACUAUUUUUCUAUAGAAAUUGGUAAUCUUAUUUGUAGUAUUGCUCAAUAUGACCGUAUAAUGUACAUAUUGUAAAUAAAUAAUCAGCUCACUAAUAAUAUUCAAUUUCAUUUUCGUUAAUUUCCCUCAAUUUCUUUUGUAAAAUCUGUGAUAAAUUUAUUGUAAGUACUUUGUAUAUUUUAUUUAAAUCACGCUAAUCUUAUAAGUGUACAUACAUGAAUAUAAAUCAUAUCUUGAAACAAAACAUAUCCUAGUGAAAUCGUUUCUAUGGGGAUUUCUUACAACGAAAAAGAAAAUAAAUUAUUCCCUUAGAAGCUACGAAAUGUAUACGAAAUAAAAUGACACCGUUUACCGAACUUCCGAAUCGAACGAAAUCAAUUUGUGGAAACGAAAUAUAGUAAUAAGACUUGUACAUUGUAAUCGUUCAAAGUGACAUUAAAAUACAUAUUAUACUAA